AUGGCUUCCAGCUCGAAACAGCCCGGUAUAGCAGCAAAGAAAUCGAUUCUGACACCGGUGAUGACCUUGGAGGGACAUAAACCAUUUUCGUUCUCGCUCGAUUACAAGCCCAAAUACGUUUCACACAUUUCUUAUUUUCCCGACGGCAAGCAAAUGAUCAGCGGAUCAAGCGAUAAUAUCAUUCAGCGAUGGGACCUGCGGGAGGGUAAGGAGAUCAAGGAAGCUCGGGAAGUUUACAAGAUCCUGUACAUGGGGUGGGAGUGUCAAGGGAUGGUCGAUGGGUUGUCACUGCAGUUGGUGAUGAGCUCAAAGUGUGUGAGGUCGAGACGGGGAUCCACGUUGCUAGCGGGUGCGACAGAAUUCGGAAUAGGGAUCGGAAUACGGAUAUGGAGGUUGGACACAGGCAAACUCAUGGCUGGUCCAUUCGUACUUGAAGGUGAAUACGUGGACACACUCGGACUCUCGGAAGACUCUCAGAAGCUGGCGGUGACAUCUUGGCGUUGGAAUUCCGACUCAAAGCAAUCAUACCUUGAGGUGUGGGACGUCCAGGCACAGAAAUUGGUUGUUACUAGAGAAAAAAAUACCCCUGACUUCACCCGGUUAUGUUUACCUGUACUUUGGACGACAAAAGACAAAUUUAUCACAACCUUCUUCAGCUUAGAUGACGACAUGUCGAUCUACGAGUAUGACGCAUCGACGCUCAAGACUGUCGGAGAUUCCUUCCAAGGGCACACCGACGUCAUCCGGAACCUAGCACUCUCAUUUGAUUGUCUUCUUCUCGUCAGUGCUUCGUAUGACAACGCCAUCAAGCUCUGGUCCUUUGGGUCUCGCCAACUUCUCGCCUCAUUUGAUGUCCAACGUCCCUAUUCCCUAAUUUCCCUUAUACUCUCACCCGACUCACGCCAACUGGCUUACACAAACCGGGAUAAGGCCAGAAUCUACAUAUGCGAUAUUCCAACCGAUAUUCUUGCUAGUAUUAGUCUUGCAAAAGAGACAAGCGCUCACCUCGCUAAACUGCUUGACUCUGACGCAAUACGUCAUCCCGUGCGCCGUAAACCAGCAAUAUCAGUCAUACCUUCCGUCCCCCGCCCGCCAGCAGUUAUAAUUGAGCCCCCGCAACCCGCUUUCCUUGGCUUUUUACGCAAGCUCUUUUCUUCUCAUACGGACACCACUCGUCCCACCCGCACAAAUAUCAAUGAGCCCCGUAAUCCCCUGGACUUCCCUGCUACAGCACCCUUACCUCGUCCAAUUGUCAAUCCGCAUGAUGAUUUUCAGCCACCGACCACCCAAUCCUCUGCCCCCACUCCCACAACUUUCAAAUCCCGCCUGUCAACCUGGUGGUCACUUCAAAUAAAUCAUGCAUCCACAGCUAUUGCUGAUGUUCCUCUCGCGCAGGGUAAAGAGCGGAACGCUGCCGCAGGUGCUCCACGCCGCAAAAAUGAUGAAUGGAUACCCGAUGAAGACCAUGUUUCUUCUCCUCCUUCGCCCAAUCCAGAUCUGCAACAGCCGACCACAGCAGGGCAGCUUGACCCAGCACGGUGCAGCAGAAAACACAUCGAUCCUGACAUAGGUCUUGGUCAUGACCUUGAGGGGUCACGCGCCAACCAUUGGGGCGCCCUUCAAAGGACCUCGGGCACUCAUGUCGUCGGUGGUCUGGCACUCUCUUCUGACCGCAUACUUCUCGCCAGCAGUUCUAUCUACAACGUCAUCAUAAUCACGCUGUGGGCCUUUGAGUCUUUUUAG